AUGAACCCCAAGAACGACGACAACCAGAAGAACAAAGCCAUAGCUCUGUGCAAUGCUGAUGCUAGGCUUUUGGCUGAAUUUGAAGAGUCUGAUGGGUCAGGUAAGUCCUUUAACUACUCAAGGUCAGUUGUAAAUGCUCCUGAAAAUGUCCCAGAUGAGGAAGUUGUUGCUUAUCUGUCUAAAAUUCAGAGGGCUGGUCUUGUCCAACCCUUUGGUUGUUUGAUUGUUAUUGAAGAACCCAGUCUCAAAAUCAUAGGUUAUAGUGAAAAUUGCUUUGAUUUGCUGGGUUUGAACACUGAGUCUAGUCUGAUAGGAGUAGUUGCUAAAACCCUUUUUACCCCUUCUUCGGGGAAUUCAUUGGCCAAUGCUGUUGCGUCAGAGGAACAACUUUCGCUGUUCAAUCCCAUUUGGGUCCAUACUAGGAGUGCCCAGAAGCCAUUUUAUGCAAUACUCCACCGAAUUGAUGUGGGAAUUGUGAUUGAUUUGGAACCGGCCUUGUCGGGUGAUCCUGAAUUUUCACUGGCCGGUGCAGUUCAGUCACAUAAACUGGCCGUUCAGGCCAUUUCUAGUAUGCAAUCACUUCCCGGGGGAGAUACUGGUGUUCUGUGUGAUACUGUGGUGCAUGCAGUUCAGAGGCUUACUGGGUAUGACAGGGUUAUGCUUUAUAAGUUUCACGAAGAUGAUCAGCAUGGUGAAGUUGUGUCUGAAAUUAGAAGGUCUGAUUUAGAACCCUACCUGGGAUUGCAUUAUCCAGCAACAGACAUCCCCCAAGCCGCUCGUUUCACGUUCAAGCAGAGUCGCGUCAGGAUGAUCUUUGAUUGCAAUGCCAAUCCGGUUAGGGUCCUUCAAAGUGAAGAAUUAAGUCAGCCUCUUGUGUUGGUCAAUUCAACCCUUCGUUCCCCCCACGAAUGCCAUAUGCAGUACAUGUCUAACAUGGGCUCUAUUGCCUCAUUGGUCAUGGCAGUUGUUAUCAAUCGCAACAACUUGAUGCAGCUAUGGGGUUUGGUAGCAUUUAGUUUGCAGCUCAACAUGGAGCUUCAACUGGCAUCACAGAGAGCAGAGAAAAAGACUCUUCAGACACAAGCCUUAUUAUGCGACCUGCUUCUGCGGGAUGGCCCUCUUGGGGUUGUCACACAUGAUCCUACUAUCAUGGAUCUUGUCAAAUGUGAUGGGGCUGCAUUGUAUUAUAGGGAGAAAUGUUGGCUGCUCGGUGUAACUCCAACUGAAUCACGGAUAAAAGAUAUGGCAGAGUGGCUGUGGAAUCAUCACGGGGACUCAACAGGACUAAGCACUGACAGUCUGACCAAUGCAGGUUACCCCGGUGCAGAUUUACUGGGUGAUGCUGUUUGUGGCAUGGCUAUGGCACGAAUUACUCCCAAAGAUUUCUUAUUUUGGUUCAGGUCUCACACAGCAAAGGAAGUCAAAUGGGGAGGAGCUAGGCAUCAUCCAGAGGAUAAAGAUGACGGAGCAAGAAUGCACCCGAGAACUUCAUUCCAUGCUUUUCUUGAGUUGGCUAAAAGCAGAAGUUUGCCUUGGGAGGUUUUGGAAAUUAAUGCCAUUCACUCUUUGCAGCUAAUAAUUAGAGAUUCGUUUCAAACGAUUAAAGGCAAAGGUUCAAAGGCAAUAACAGAUGCUCAACCGAAUGAUCCUGAGGUGCAGUGGAUGGAUGAACUUUGUUCCGUUACAGGUGAAAUGGUCAGAUUAAUUGAGACAGCAGCAGUUCCUAUUUUUGGGGUUGAUUCAUCUGGUUCCAUCGAUGGAUGGAACUCAAAAAUUGCUGAAUUGACGGGAUUACAAGCUAGCAAAGCAAUGGGGAAGUCCCUGGUGAAUGAAGUCAUUCAUGAGGACUCGCGUGGUGUUGUUGAAAACCUUAUUUUCAGAGCUUUGCUAGGUCAAGAAGACAAAAAUGUUAAAAUAAAAAUGCGGAAGUCUGGCUUGGAGCAGCAGAGCUCAGUUGUACACAUUGUGGCCAAUGCCUGCACAAGUAGGGACUACACGAACAACAUUGUUGGGGUGUGCUUUGUGGGUGAAGACAUCACGUCUGAAAACGUUGUAAUGGAUAAAUUUACUCGUUUGCAAGGGGAUUAUAAAGCUAUCAUACAAAAUCUUAGCCCACUAAUUCCUCCAAUUUUUGCUUCAGACGAGAAUGGCCGCUGUUCUGAAUGGAAUGCCGCCAUGGAAAAGCUAACUGGUUGGAUGAGACAGGAUACUGUUGGGAAAAUGCUUCCUUCGGAAAUUUUUGGAGGUAUCUGUCGGCUGAAAAGUCAAGAGGCACUCACUCAAUUCACCAUUCUUCUCUAUCGAGGGAUUAGUGGUCAUGAUACCGACAAGUUCCCAUUUGGGUUUUUCAAUAGGAAUGGAAAAUUAGUGGAAGUAAUGCUGAUUGCGAAUAAGAGAACUGAUGAAAGUGGCAACGUAAUUGGGUGUUUCUGCUUCUUGAAGCCUGUGGUGCCUGACCUGCAGGAUGCCUUUGGAAACAGACAAGAGGACAGAGAGUUCCUUUUGAAACAUAAAGAGUUGGCUUAUAUUCGACAAGAGAUGAAAAAUCCACUUAAUGGUAUUCGGUUCAUCCACAAACUCCUUGAAAGUACAGCUAUUUCAGAACAUCAGAAGCAAUUUCUUGAGACUAGUGAUGCCUGUGAAAGACAGAUAAUUUCAAUCCUUGAGGAUUUGGAUCUAGGAAGGAUAGAGGAGGGAAAGGUGGAUCUGAAAAUGGAGGAGUUUGUCCUCGGGAAUGUAAUAGAUGCCAUUGUUAGUCAAGUAAUGAUAUUGUUGAAGGAAAGAAAUCUACAACUAUUUCAUGAGAUCCCCGAAGAAAUUAGAAAACUUUCUCUACUUGGUGACCGGAUGAAGCUUCAGCUGCUAUUGUCAGAUUUCUUGCUUAAUAUAGUGCAUCAUACACCUGCAGAUGGUUGGGUAGAUAUCAGGGUUUCACCUGGUUCGAAGCUGAUACAUGAUGGGAAUGAGUUUAUCCAUUUGCAGCUCAGAAUUGCUCACUCGGGACAAGGUCUUCCUUCUGCUCUCAUUAGAGCGAUGUUUGAAGGUGAAAAACAGUGGACUACAAAGGAAGGUGUUGGCCUAAAUGUGUCCCUAAAACUUCUCAAUAGGAUGAAUGGUCACAUCCGCUACAUCAGAGAGGAUAAAAAAUGUUACUUUAUUGUAGAACUUGAACUUCAAACAAGGGAAUCGAAAGAGGUGGAUGCAAGCCGAAUGAGCUGA